UCAGCUGCCGCGAGCAGGAAGUGUCCGACGGCGGGCGGAGACUGCACGAUGGCCCCGGACCCCUGGUUCUCCACGUACGAUUCUACCUGCCAAAUUGCACAAGAGAUUGCCGAGAAAAUCCAACAGCAAAAUCAGUAUGAAAGAAAUGGUGAAAAUACAAUCAGGCUUACCGUGACAAUCAGAACUUUGUUGCAGAAUCUGAAGGAAAAGAUCGCCCUUUUGAAGGACUUAUUGCUAAGAGCUGUGUCAACACAUCAGAUAACACAGCUUGAAGGAGACCGAAGACAGAACCUGCUGGAUGAACUUGUAACUCGAGAGAGACUACUUGUGGCAUCCUUUAAGAACGAGGGUGCAGAACCAGAUCUCAUCAGGUCCAGCCUGAUGACUGGAGGGGCUAAGCGAGGAGUCCCCAACCCUUGGCUCUUUGAGGAGCCGGAAGAGACCAGAGGUUUGGGUUUUGAUGAAAUCCGGCAACAGCAGCAGAAAAUUAUCCAAGAGCAGGAUGCAGGCCUGGAUGCCCUGUCCUCUAUCAUAAGUCGCCAGAAACAGAUGGGGAAGGAAAUUGGGAAUGAACUAGAUGAACAAAACGAGAUAAUUGAUGACCUUGCCAACCUGGUGGAGAACACUGAUGGGAAGCUCCGCACUGAGACCAGGCGUGUGAAUAUGGUGGACAGAAAGUCAACGUCUUGCGCGAUGUAUCAGGAACCAGCCCCCACUCGGACUUAUUGGCCACAGUACGUUGCGAAAAUCUAGUGCCACCCAUCACCCUUGAAUAACUUCUGGUAUUGAGAAGUUUCAGUCCACCGGAAAUCCCUCUUCCUUGAUUCCUGUGACACAGCUGAGCACCGAGGAGAAGAAGUCAGAAGACCUGGUGGCCGGCCUCAGGGAGCACGCACUCGGACAGGAAGGCAGUAAGCUCGGGGCAGUGCAUUUACAGAGCCUACCGGAAGGUCACACGACACCAUCGAAGCAACCUCCUUGGGGCCGCUCAUUCUGGAAAGUUGGGUAGAAAUCUAGCAGGGGCAGGCUAGCGUUCUAGGCAGUAGGAAAUACAGGUUUGCAGGAGGUACUAAGGCCCGAAACGACACUCGGUUUCUCAAACAAGAAUCGGGGCUGGCUGGCUGGGCCCGAGGGCGCCUGCCGGAGAGGCAUGGCGGUGAGGCUAGUCGUGGAGGCUAGGCCACAAACCCAGCCCCCUUUUGGCUUGCAUCGCUUUCCCUCGUCCUACUUCUACUGAAGACUUUAGAUUGGACUCAGUCCUCUUGGCACUUUGUCUUUAAGCUUCUUCAUCUGCUCUCUUGGAUGGCUUCAUGGUCAACCAGAUGUUCCACAUCUCAGACCCGGACUGCACCUGAAGUUCAAGGUCUGUGUCUUUGGGUGCUGCCAGUCCAUUUCUCAGGCCUGCCCCCCAGCCCCCUAUCAAUCUGGGCAUCUUCUUUGUACCCUCCUUACCUGCAGGAGAGACCGGACAGGAACCUUCAUAAUGAAGCAGGCCACCACGAUGACCUCCAGGGACAAAUGGGAGCGUAAACAACAGAUUGUCGCCAAGUGGGAAUGACGUGCCAGUCAUCUCUCUGCUUGUUUUCUUGGGAGAAGCCUGAAAUCUGGAUUUUCAAGUGAGAUCUCCCAGUAUUUUAGUGUUGACAGUAAAUUAACAUUUAAAAAAAUGUCCACGUGGGCCAAAUAAAACAUGUCACAGUGUACUUCUUGGGGACCUCUUGGUCACAUGCACCCAGUGCAUCCCCCAGGCCUAUUUGGAAAUGACUCUGAGAUCUCCCACUUCCCUCUUCAUCGCUUGAUGUUCUCGCCACUCUGUUUCUGGCUCUUGUCACGUUUAUGUGGCCAUUAAAGAUAAUAAUGACAGAGCCUGUUUAUCGGGGCAGGAAAAUGUGCAUGGGUGGAGUCUUGAUCAUAUUUAUAGAAACUGUGGCCCACAUCUUCUGGUUUUGGUGUAUGAAUGCAGGAAACAUGUCCCCCUCGCCCCCCGCCCAGCUGUCAGCGUUACAAAGAGAAGAUGAGUCUCUCUGCUUGAGGUGCUUAUUUUUUAAACAUGCUUUUCCCAAUUGAUUUUAAACUGUUUCCCUCCCUUAGACCCAUCUGCUACAUUUUAGACAAAAUGACUUUUCUCCGUCAUGGGGAUCAUAGAGACCAAGUAGUAAAACCGUGCAGUGCAUGACUCUUAGACCUGCUUCUGGAACCCAAGAGAAAUCUGCGGCACUCUGAUGACUAUAUUGGGAUUGGCCCAGAUGCAUUUCAGGGGCUAAUGUGUACGGCCCACAGAUCUCUCCUGCUCUGGGGCAUCCCUUACAUCCUCCCUUCCUCCUGGGCCCUGUGGUUGCUCGUGAAAUGUGUAAAAUGCACGUGUGAGGCGUUUGUGGUCAGAUGUCUCGUAUAUGUGACCACAUCACUGUUGUCUGCUUUGAUUUUGAGUUCCUACUGUGGAAAAGCCCAUUUUUCUGCUAACGGCAUUUAUUUGGGAACCAGGAAUAGGAGCAGUAAGUUCAAAUGUUGAUGCUUCAGCUUAAUGCAGGCAAAAUGAAGCCUUUGAGAGAAGCGCAAAAUUGGAAAACCUUUAUUUAAUGGAAGGUGAUUGAUAGGGGCUGACAGCCUCAGAGGCCUCCACGCUUCUGUAAUCUCCUACGAGGCUAUCAUCAAGGGGUCAGAAAUGAUCACAAAGUAGAAUCAUUUUUUGAUUAUUGUUUUUGCUUGGUGUGGUUUGGAAAGAUAAGGUGUGAUUUCCAAGGGUGGCUUCUGUUGUUACAGGAGUAAUAACUACACCGUAUGGGCCUCGGUCGGUGCUCCCCGCCUGAUGUAUGUGUUUUGUGCGUGUUUUCUGGUAAUGUGUGUUCACCAGUGACUUCACGUGCUUUCAGCUGGCCCUACAGGACCCAAAAGGACUGACUGGGCUGAGAAGGACUGUCAGGAGGCCUGGGACAGAGUAUGCUUUGCAUACUCGAGGUAUACUUUACCUCUGUUAUUUGCCCACUGCCCAUGGUGGGGGAAGAGUGCCCCAGCACCUGCUCGACAUGUCUUGUCAACCCAACCUAACCCUUCAGGACUUCACCAUUACACCCAUGUGCUUCCCAUUCGUAUAUGGAUUUUCUUUUAUAUUUGUAAAUUGAAAUGAAAUGAAGAACCGGAUUCUGGUCGCGACAGAGAUCACCCAAGCUGGGUAAGCCUGGGAGCGGGAAGUGACCGGACGUCUCUGUACAUGCAAAACCAGUGGUUUGGACUAGACGCCCUUUGAGGUUCUUCCAGCUCUGUCAUCUUUCCACAGCCCUUUGAAGAAAAUCAGGCACCCCCUCGCAACCCCGCCGUACCCGACACACACACAGAGUAGUAAAUCAGAGACGAGCCAGAGGUCUAGGCCAGAACUGUGUCCGUCUCAUUUCCUAUAGGCUGGCUGGCACCAAGUUAGAUACUUGCAGGAUUAAAUCAUAGCCGAACAGGGAUUUUUACCUGCAUCGUCACGUGUUGCUGUGUUGAUUGUAAAUGUUGUUAACCAGCGUCUCUCAUUUUUCUCAUUAGAACAAAAGAAAGACGAGGGAGUUUUUAAUUGAAGUUACAGAGGAAGUUUGGUGGGUUUAUAAAGGUGGAAAAUAAAGGAAUGGGGUAAUGGGAGUAACUCCUGGGUUCUGUGUUCAAGAGUAGUUGCUAGAAAGAGAUUCCUAACACUUCUCUCUCAAGUUGGGCUAUUUUUAGUUACUGUUUUAGAAGUGAGUUGGUGGGGGCACCUGGGUGA